CUCUUCUUCCUGAUCCUCCUGGGCUGGGUCGCCCAGCCCCGCGCUUACCCUCGGGGCCACUGAUCGCCCCCCGCCUCCGGGACCUGCCGGGAGCCCCCCUUCCACCCGCGCGAGAUAAGAACUCCCAUUUUUGCCCAUUUCCAGCCUGGACCACAUCCUCCCCUCAUCUAUGAGGUGACUGGUGAAGUGAUGGAGGCCUAGAAGGGUCAAAAGACCAAGGUGGGAACCAGGGCUCCAGAACAGGGGAUGGAACAGACCUAGAGCCUUACACAUGCUAAGAAAGCAUUCUCCCCCUGGGCUACACCCUAGCUGGAAAGAAAGCACUGUUUCAUCAUCUCUAGGACUGUAUAUCAGAAGAUCACAGACUCAAUGACUUCAAGCAGAAGUGUGUUGUCUCAUAAUUCUGGAGACACAAGGUUUGAAAUCAAGGUGUGGGCGGUGCCAUGCUCCAUGCUUCCCUUCCUAAACGUGAUGGAAAGAAGCAAUCUGGAUGUCUGCGCUUCUACCAGAAAGGAUUAAAGGUGGAAGUGCUUCGGAAUGCUGGAAGACAGGGCUGAACUAAAGUGAGAGAAGGACACCAGCCGCAGGGGAGUCCCCGGCAUGCAGUAAAGCCUCACUAGGGGGAAGAAAUGUCAGCUCAGACCAUGGGCGCCCGAGGUCUGGACAAGCGAGGAAGUUUCUUUAAGCUCAUUGACACAAUCGCCUCAGAGAUCGGAGAACUGAAACAGGAGAUGGUGCAGCCAGAUGUCAGCCUGGAAAAUGGCCUGGAACCUUCUGAAGCCCACAGCAUGGUAAGACACAAGGAUGAUGGCUAUUCUGAGGAAAAGGAUGUGAAGACCUGUCCCCGCGACUCUGGCUAUGACAGCCUCUCCAACAGGCUCAGCAUCUUGGACCGGCUCCUGCAUACUCACCCCAUAUGGCUGCAGCUGAGUCUGAAUGAGGAGGAGGCAGCCAGGGUUUUGCAGUCGCAGCCUCCGGGGAUUUUUCUGGUUCGUAAAUCCACCAAGAUGCAAAAGAAAGUUCUGUCCCUUCGCCUGCCCUGUGAAUUUGGAGCCCCGCUCAAGGAGUUUGCCAUCAAAGAAAGCACAUACACCUUUUCCCUGGAAGGCUCAGGAAUCAGCUUUGCAGAUUUAUUCCGGCUCAUUGCUUUCUACUGCAUCAGCAGGGAUGUUCUGCCAUUCACCUUGAAGUUGCCUUAUGCCAUUUCCACAGCCAAGACGGAGGCUCAGCUUGAAGAACUAGCCCAACUGGGACUAAAUUUCUGGAGCUCCUCGGCUGAUGACAAACCCCCAAGUCCUCCACCUCCCCAUCAGCCUCUCUCCUGGGACCCCUUCUGCCCUGCCUCCUCGAGUCAGCUCUGCCUUAUAAAUGGAGUGCAUUCUAUAAAAACCAGAACGCCUUCAGAGCUGGAGUGCAGCCAGACCAAUGGAGCCUUGUGUUUUAUUAAUCCUCUUUUCUUGAAAGUGCACAGCCAGGACCUCAGUGGAAGCCUCAAACGGCCCAGCACAAGGACUCCCAAUGCGAAUGGCACCGAGAGGCCUCGGUCCCCCCCACCCAGGCCCCCGCCACCCGCUAUUAAUAGUCUCCACACAAGCCCUGGGCUGUGCAGGACUGAAACCCAGACGAGCAUGCCAGAAACAGUCAACCAUAACAAACAUGGGAACGUAGCUCCGCUUGGAAGGAAACCAACUCCCAUCCCUCCACCCCGCCUGAAGAAGCAGGCUUCUUUUCUGGAAGCUGAAGACAGCGCAAAGACCUUGACCGUCUGUCGGCCCGGGCUGAGAGAGCUGGAGCUGGGCACAGCUGGCUGUGCAGGUGGAGCCCCGCCUGAGGACGCCCCGGGGCAUUGCACAAGAGCCCAGCCUCCCUGCUCUGAAUCACGGCCCCCGUGCCAUGGAGGAGGCAGGCAGAGGCUGAGCGACAUGAGUCUCUCCACUUCCUCCUCGGACUCCCUGGAGUUUGACCGGAGCAUGCCUCUGUAUGGCUAUGAGGCGGACACCACCAGCAGCCUGGAAGACUACGAAGGGGAGAGUGAUCAGGAGACCAUGGCACCCCCCAUCAAAUCCAAGAAGAAAAGGAACAGUUCCUUUGUGCUGCCCAAACUGGUCAAGUCCCAGCUCCGAAAGAUGAGUGGUGUGUUCAGCUCUUUCAUGACCCCGGAGAAGCGCAUGGUCCGCAGGAUCGCAGAGCUGUCCCGGGACAAAUGCACUUAUUUUGGGUGCCUGGUACAGGACUACGUGAGUUUCCUGCAAGAGAACAAAGAGUGCCAUGUGUCCAGCACCGACCUGCUGCAGACCAUCCGCCAAUUCAUGACCCAAGUCAAGAAUUACUUGUCUCAGAGCUCUGAGCUGGACCCCCCCAUCGAGUCACUGAUCCCCGAAGACCAAAUUGAUGUAGUGUUGGAAAAAGCCAUGCACAAGUGUAUCCUGAAGCCCCUGAAAGGGCACGUGGAAGCCAUGUUGAAGGACUUCCAUAUGGCUGACGGCUCCUGGAAACAACUCAAGGAGAACCUGCAGUUGGUGCGACAGAGGAAUCCGCAGGAGCUGGGAGUCUUCGCCCCCACACCUGAUUUGGUGGAUGUAGAGAAAAUCAAAGUCAAGUUCAUAACCAUGCAGAAGAUGUAUUCUCCAGAAAAGAAGGUUAUGCUGCUGCUGAGGGUGUGCAAGCUCAUUUACACUGUCAUGGAGAACAACUCAGGGAGGAUGUAUGGUGCUGACGACUUCUUGCCAGUCCUGACCUAUGUCAUCGCUCAGUGCGACAUGCUUGAGUUGGACACUGAAAUUGAGUACAUGAUGGAGCUCCUGGACCCCUCGUUAUUACAUGGAGAAGGGGGCUAUUACUUGACCAGCGCCUAUGGAGCACUGUCACUGAUAAAGAAUUUCCAAGAGGAACAAGCUGCACGCCUGCUCAGCUCGGAGACCAGGGACACCCUGAGGCAGUGGCACAAACGGAGAACCACCAACCGAACCAUCCCUUCAGUGGACGAUUUUCAGAAUUAUCUCCGGGUUGCAUUCCAAGAGGUCAACAGUGGCUGCACAGCAAAGACCCUCCUUGUGCGCCCCUACAUCACCACGGAAGAUGUGUGUCAGCUCUGUGCCGAGAAGUUUAAGGUGGAGGACCCUGAGGAAUACAGCCUCUUCCUCUUCGUAGAUGAAACAUGGCAGCAGCUGGCAGAGGACACUUACCCUCAAAAAAUCAAGGCCGAGCUGCACAGCCGGCCCCAGCCCCACAUCUUCCACUUCGUGUACAAGCGCAUCAAGAAUGAUCCUUACGGUGUCAUUUUCCAGAAUGAGGAGGACCUCACCCCCUCAUAAACAGCUCGUGGGACUUCCCAUAGGUGCCUCCACAAGGGGAGCCUCUGGCUGCCACAUACUUGAGCUUAGAAGGCAGUCCGUUCCUGGAAGGUCCCCUCGGUUCAGUGACUGAGCCAGCCAGCCACAGGUUGACUUGGUCAAGGGCAUCUUUAGCCACAUUGUCAGGCAAGGUAGUUAAGAUGUCUUCUCCAGCAAUGGAGAGUUGCAAUUGGUGUUUCAGGUAUCCACUGAGAUUGUCCACUGCCUGCCCCAAACCAGAUUGACUUCCAUGUAUGUAUAUGUGCUGAAUGAACAGGUAAAGGUACAGCUCUUCUCUGGAAUUCAGCAGCAGGUGUUUGACAAGACUGUCCCUUGGCAGUGCGUCAGGAACUUCUCCUGUUUUGAGGCAAGCUCCAAUCUUCCCUCUCCUUUUCACCUCUUCUUAUGCCCUUUUUCUUUCCCUUUACCUCUCCUUUACUCCUCUCCAUUCUCCUUUCUUCUUCUUCUUCUUCUUCUUCUUUUUUUUUUUUUUUUACAAAGAGUCUUUGUGGUUUUAUAUAUUUCUAGAAAUGUUUAUAGCAGUUGCCGGUUAACUGUCAGGAUUGGUUUUUAAACUAUUUUUGUAACUUUAAAAUAUUUCUAUAAUUAUGCAUGUGAUUUUUUUUUAACAUUUAAUAUUUGAAAAUAAAUCUCUUGCUGGAUCUGAGAGUAUCCCAUGUUAAAAGUCUCUCUUUUGUAACUGGAUAUUUCGGCAACAUUGUGGGGAGAGACUGCUGAAUUUCUUACAGCAAUGUAUUCCUGACACUGGCCGCAGAAUGCCUUUGGAAAUCUGAUGUACUGUUACCUUAUGCAGAUUUAGAGUUGUUGUGCUCUGUGUGUGUGUGUGUGUGUGUGUGUGUGUGUGUGUGUGUGUGUGCGUGUGUGUGUGUUUUAAAGACGUGAUGCUGAGAAUAAGAAAAGAAAUGAAUGUAGAGAGAGAGAGAGAGAAAUGUAGACUCUGACAAAUGACUAAGGAGCUCAGGCUGGUUCAGGCUCUAUGCAGGAACGUAGGGAAAGGAGUCAGAAGGAACCUAUGGAACAAUAUUGUAAAUAAGCAAUGGGGUUUGGCAAAAAUUGAUUCCCUAUGGUACCUGCUUUAGGAAAGUGGAAAAAACCCAUGAGGACAAACAAAUCAAGAAUAACUCCCCUCACUCAUUUUCCACAUUACUCAAACCUAGCAGCAUCCAAUUAGUGGGGGCAGCAACUAAGUAAUAUCUAAUGUGGCUUUGGUUGAGCUCAAUAAGAAGCUGUAGCAAAAGAAGAAAACCCUCUACGUAUUAUAGAUACACAGUGUCUGAGUGUGUAUCUCAGUGCUAGAACACUUGUAUAGUAUACAUAAAGCCCUGGGUUCAAUCCUCAGCUCUCCAAAAAGAAUUUUUUUAAACAAAGCAAUAGACAGUGAAGUUAGAAUAUGUUUGAUUAGUAAACAGGUUGUGGGUGCCCAUCCAAGGAGGGUUAUAUAUCAGCAUAACACAAGUCAUUGAAAUUUUAUGUUUUUUGUGCUAUGUAAGAAUGUGUCAUCACCGAAUUUAGGGGCUUUGUGCCUUGAACCUUUUUCAGCCUUGAUUUUCGUUGUACUAGAACCCUCAGCACAUAAUUGUUGUGCUUCCUUUUGUAAAUGAUUUUUAAAUGAAAUUUUGCACAUAAUACAUUGUAAUACUGUACCAUAAUCCUGUGUGAAAAAUAAUGUUUUUUGCAAUAUUC